AUGAAUCAUGAGAAGAACAAGAUGACAGCUGAUUCACUGAAAGUGUCACAAUCCAUACCUUCACCACCAAACAUCAAUCUCACAUCAAAUAUCACCGAUUCAUCUUCCUUCUCACAGACAUCAACCUCAUCAUCAUCCACAUCAUCAUCUGCGUUAUCAACCAGUACAACACUGGAUAUUAAUGAUCCAUGUUUGUCGUUGUCCUACUCAGAAAUAAUCUCACACAACAACACAAACUACAAACUAAAUGGCACUGGAGAUUUAACAUUAUGCGUUCAUUACUUAAAAAGUCUUCUCAAUAAAUCCAAGGAUUGCUUCCUACUCAACAAGCGAAGAUGUUCAAUAGAUGGGGCUGUACUACCUGAUAUCAAUUAUGGAAACUUUCAUGAUGCUUUAUUUAGUAUGACAGAGUUUUUUGGGUUCUCUGAGUUUUUCUACACAAUGCAAGACAUCCUGCAGAUUGGAGGCCCCUACAUUUAUCACCAUUACUUACAGAAAGCCAAGGAAUAUUGCCAAACAAACUGGCUGACAGUAGAAGAAUGGAAGAAAUUAUCUAAACAUCCAAGAGCUGAUUCUCAGAGAUACAGGUUAAAAGAUAUUUCAGCAUAA